CUGUGUGUUUGUCGGGUGACCCGUAUUGUACUACACAAGGUAAGUUUCUAUACAUGUGUGUAUACAGUAACAAGUCCAUGCAUAUAUGAGUACUAUAAUACAUAUUAUUGACUUAGAUUUUCCGUUAUCAGUGACCGAUUUAAAACUUGCGCACAGUUGCAGGAUAAUGCUGGAUGAUAUAUAUUAAUCAAUGAAGACUGCUGAAAUGGAUAAAUUAUAUUGUGUUUCAUUGCUAGUAUAUUUAGCAGUCGUUACACCACCGUGUUUUUCUCAGAUAUGCUGUACCCCUGAUGUAUGGAUCGCUGAUAUGUUUCUGGAUUAUGGAAUAGUGUUUAUUGAUAGCAACAAAGGGGUGCCGAGUACAGCAUAUUCCUAUAUCAAUGGGACAAUAAAGGCUACAUACGAUUAUCCAAACCAACGUAGCUACCUCAAACUGCAGGGGGCGGAGGUAUCGCCUCUAAUUCCGGGUCCCGGCGUUCCAUAUGAUACCACCAUUAUCAGCGACUACAAGAAUGGAAUACAAUACACCAUCGGAGCAGAUGGCAGUUGUCAAAAGGACAAAGUUGAUAAUAUGACAAAACAAUGCAUACCAGAGGAUGCCGAAUUGGUAAGCACGGGCUCGCUGGCGAUGGAAUGGAAUAAAGUUGAGAAUUACAAAUUUGCAAUCAAUGAUGAUUCAACGUCUGUUGAUGCCACGGUCAGCAGGAAUUUACCUUCAUCGUCCUGUAACCCGGUGCAUGUUGUAUAUUUCGUGGGUAGCGCCGAGCGUGGCAGCGGAACAAUGAUUAAUCUGGAUGUCCUGAAUGUCGUACCUUAUAACAUUGACCCGUCCGUGUUCGAUGUUCCCCCGCAGUGUAGAAACGCCAGAUUUAAGAUGGAAAGCGAUGACAAUAAAGGAUUGCAGCGAAUUCUGAGAAUGGGCAUUUUCAUUUGACUUGAGUCAAUAAAAAUAUGUAAUUUGGUUGUAAAUAUGUGUACAUCAUCUUUAACAGGAAGACUGUAGCAGUCUUAGGGAAUUAGGUAACAAUUAUGUUAAAACUUCCAGCUGUAGACAUGUACGUUUGGUUCAUUUAGAAAUUUAGUAAACAGAAUCGAGUCAAAUCUUCAGUAAUUCUGAAACUAAUUUACAACAGAUACAUGUACCAUGUCUACAAGGGCAUAAAAAUUGUACAACCAUUAAUAUUUGGGAAUUUAAAGGUGAUUUCUUAAAGCUGUAUGGUCCGAAUUACAAUAUUUUUUCCCCAUCUCGUAAAAACGCUAUUAAAUCAUCGCACGUAUGUAGUUAUGAGGCUGUACGACAUAUCAUAAAUUAUUUCAGCUGUUUUAACCCAAAUUAUUUGAGUUUAAAUCGAUGUUUACAAAUAACAGCUUCACUGCCAUUUCAAGAGACAGUCACGUGACCAGUUCAAACUUUCAGAUCAUCGGUGGUCAUAUCUGUGUAAAGCUGUGUAUUUUGUUAUAACAGUACCGUACCAUAAGUUUAAUAGAAAUAAAAAUAUCAAAUACCUCUUAGUAAUUUGUUGUUUUACGCUCUUUCAGCCUUAAAACUAGACAGUUGCGUAUGAGUUAAUACAUUAUGUUGGGAUUCCCCUGACGCGCGUGGGUCUAUUUAUAGACGUCUAUUAUGGGAUUAUUUAUAUAUGUACCCACUGUAUUUACUUUCUAAAUAAUAUUCGCACUGUUUUCUUUUACAUGCAGAUGGUUUCAAGCAUGUAAUUAAGGGAAAGUUAAUAACUUUAUAAAGUAAUUAAUCUGCUUUAAAGUAAUUAUGUACAAAAAUAAUACAUGAACAUCGGGUCAUACAGCUUUAACUUAAUUGAUAUGAACUCUUUACAUCCUUUGGUGUAUACCUUAACAAAAGAUUUUGUGAAAACCCAACAUGAUUAAGUUUAACGAGUUAAUCUGUGUGUUGCAUCUCUUUAAAUGACUUUCUCUCUUCUUUUCAAACUCUUAUCUCUAACCUGUUUCUUUCUUUUCUUCUAUAAAUAAAACUCCCAAAACUUUCAUAUAUAUAUAUAUAUAUAUAUUCCUUAAUAUUAAUUGUGAAUCAUUUAUAUAACUGAAAUUAAUCCAUUAUGUGUAUAUUUGUGUAUAUGUAUUUAUGUCUGUAUGUACAUGUAUGUAUAUGUAUGCGUAUAUAUGUAUGUGCAUGCUAUUGUAAAAAUAUUAUGAAUAUGAAGGUUAACAAAAAAUAUUUUUUUAAAAAGUUUAACGA